AUGUCAGAUAAUGGCGCUUAUGGCGCAGUCUUCGAAGGUGACCAGCCUCUGUCAAGGACAGCCGGGCUCGUGCUGGUCAUGAAUACGCCGAAAGGCCGAGGUGUCUUUGCAACUAAGCACAUCCCCAGGGGUACAGUAGUGGAAGUCAGUCCUGUGCUGGUCUUCUCCGAAGAUGAAGUGGAGAAUCACACUCAGCAUACCGUUUUGCAGCAUUACACUUACUACUGGCCAUCCGCAUCCGGCCGCACAAUGACCCAAGCCCUCGCCCUCGGCUUGGGAUCCAUGUUCAAUCACUCGACUCGGGAUCAGAACGUCGGGUGGAUACGCAACACCGAGACCGAAGUGAUUGUCUACACCACACUCCGGGACAUCAAGGCCGGGGAAGAGUUGUGUAUAUCAUAUGGAAGUGCCAGACUUUGGUUCCCCGAUGCCGAUGCACAGGCGAACGCCAGCGAGAGGACGGAAGAUGACGAUGACGAUAUUGGCGGAGAAACGUUGGCAGAACUUGAUCUGAGUGGGUUGAGCAAGAUGGAUCUCUAG